GGAUACGCAUCCGAUGUUUGCUAAACAGAUAGAUGGCUGCCCAGAGAAGUUAUUUGCUCCUAUUAUCCGCUCAAAGCCAACAAAGAGAUCAUGGCGGCGGUGUUGCAGAGGCUCACAAAAUGAGUCAGUCUCUGCAAGGCUCGCUGGCUCGCAACACAGCUGAGACAUAGAUUUUAAAUGACCAUGGAGGCUGGUGCAGACACACAGCAGAGUGGUGAAACAGCUGUCUCAGAGUCUGAGGCCCAGCAGAUCACCUUGGCCCAGGCGUCCAUCGCUGCCGGCCAGGUGUCGUCCAGUAGUCCCACAGUCACCCUUGUGCAGUUACCCAACGGUCAGACAGUUCAAGUGCACGGGGUGAUCCAGGCUGCACAGCCGUCUGUCAUCCAGUCACCACAAGUCCAGACAGUACAGAUUUCGACUGUUGCUGAGAGUGAGGACUCGCAGGAGUCUGUUGACAGCGUGACAGAUUCUCAGAAGAGGAGAGAGAUCCUGUCCAGACGACCAUCUUACAGGAAGAUUCUGAAUGACUUAUCAUCAGAUGCUCCAGCGGUGCCUCGAAUUGAGGAAGAGAAGUCAGAAGAUGACUCAGCCCCUGCCAUCACCACCGUCACCAUGCCCACUCCCAUCUAUCAAACCAGCAGUGGCCAGUAUAUCGCCAUUACCCAGGGUGGGGCCAUCCAGCUGGCCAAUAAUGGCACAGAUGGAGUGCAGGGUCUGCAGACACUGACCAUGGCCAACGCUGCUGCAGCCCAGCCUGGUGCCACCAUCCUGCAGUAUGCUCAGACCAGUGACGGGCAGCAGAUUCUUGUGCCCAGCAACCAAGUGGUUGUACAAGCUGCCUCUGGUGAUGUCCAGGCCUAUCAGAUCCGCACAGCCCCCACCAGCACCAUCACUCCUGGGGUGGUCAUGGCAACUUCGCCUGCACUGGGAACAGCAGGAGCCACAGAGGAAGUCACGCGCAAAAGGGAGGUUCGACUUAUGAAAAACAGAGAGGCAGCCCGCGAAUGUCGCAGAAAGAAGAAGGAGUAUGUCAAGUGUCUGGAGAACCGCGUGGCUGUGCUGGAGAACCAGAACAAAACCCUCAUCGAGGAACUCAAAGCACUCAAAGACUUGUACUGCCACAAAUCCGAGUAGAAAUGCCACCAAACUUCUGCCAGUGGCUCAACAGGUGCCCAUCUGUCCCCAUGUAUAGAGACUCAGCACAGAGCCAUGCAUCUGGAUGCUACUCCCCUUUUUCUACUCUUUUGCUUUCUUUUUAAAGACUGCUGAAAAUCUGUAAAAUGACUCACAAGGAAUAGAAUAAAAACACACCCCCUUCCACUUCACCGAUUUUAAAUCCAAAUUCUGUUCCCAUCGGUUUCCCACAGAAGGGUGCAGCAAUGUCAAAAACGGAUGUGGUGGAGACGACAACUAUACAGGGUCCUUGUGGUGAAGUGGUAGAACAGACAAUGAAGCUGUUUUUGUUUUGCGCCACCAAAGGGAAGCAUUCCAGUCACUGGUGCCUGGACAAACUGGGCAACAUCACCAGCAACGGGGAACUGCUCCAAUGCCAUCACCGCUAACGACUUUUUACAGUUUAAUCUCCCCGAGACACUUGGAUCAUCUUGAGAGGUCACCUUUGUGUGCAACGUUUGUAAUUGUAACUGAGCUGUUGCGUUUAACUUCUGUUACUUACUAAUACUUUGAACUGUAGAUGGACUGUGUCAUGGAUAUUUUAUCUUUGAGCCGUGUUUUGGUUUAUGUAUUAGAUUAUCUGCUCUGAUAACGUCAUUGGUAUUUUGUUAACUUUUAUUUACCUUGCCUUGACACGACAUGAACAGAAGAGCUUACCAUUAAGCCAGGUUAUAAAAUUGUGUACAUGUUAAUUGCAGCUUUAAAAAUACACAAUGAAGAGACUAGAACGUGGACAGUAGUGAAUUCGGAAACCAUGGGAGUCAAAAUAUUAAGACACCCUUGUCUUUUUAGCUUCUUUUAGCUUUAAAGACACAGUAAUCGGGAAAAAAUACACAAGUGGAGCAUGAUUACAGACCUCUUCAAAAGUUUAGGGGUCUGUGGCGCAUGUUCCCAGUAAUAUUACUGAGGCUCAUUAAUGUAGGUUUUUACCUAACUUCACAAAAACAUGCCCAGAGUUACAAAAAGGAGCAGAUUAGUUUGAUGACUGUGCAGUUAACAAUGUUCUGUUAUGGACUAAUAUGCCUUCAGUAAUUGAACAAAUGGGAAUAUAAUGGAAAUGAGCUGUUGCCCGUGCACCAGAGUAUAUAAUGUAAACAACAGAAGGUUAACCCACAGUGUUUGGGCUAAAAGUAAAAGAGAACUUUUUUUUUCGCCCGUA